UGCAACUUUUUUCGAUCUCUAUAUAUGUUGCUACCAUCAAUAAAAGAAAUGAAGAUGAAAUUUGGUAUGUUGCUAGUAUUAUUACUAGUGAAGGUUGAGUUAGGUAUGGCGUUCACCGUUGUGAUGCCGGAUUCCGGUGCCCUGAUCGAUGGGCCACAACCGUACGGCGCUCAAACGGAUCCUAAAGAGCAAGAAGCAGUGUACGACAUGAUGAGAGCAACCGGAAACGAUUGGGCCACAGAAAUCCCCAACGUAUGCCGCGGCAGGUGGCACGGGAUUGAGUGCGUGCCUGACAAAGACAACGUGUUUCACGUUGUGUCUCUUUCUUUCGGGUCACUAUCAGACGAUACCGCAUUCCCAACGUGUGAUCCCAAUCGCUCCUCCAUCUCACCAUCCAUCACUAAGCUCCCUCACCUAAGAAGCCUUUUUUUCUACCGUUGUUUCACCAACAAUCCUCAACCCAUACCAUCUUUUCUAGGCCAAUUGGGCUCCUCUUUGCAAACCUUAGUUCUAAGAGAAAACGGGCAUGUGGGCCCCAUUCCACCUCAAUUAGGCAACUUAACUCGUUUGACCAUUUUAGAUCUUCACAAAAACAAUCUCAACGGUUCAAUUCCAUAUUCUUUAGGUCAAAUCCCCAAUCUAAGAUCAUUAGACUUGAGCUGCAAUAAAUUAUCCGGCUCAUUCCCCAAUAUCUCUUUCCCAUCAUUAAAUAUCUUAGACCUCAACCAAAAUCAUCUCAAAGGCUCCCUCCCAAUCUCACUUCUCACUAGCACUUGUCUCCUCAAAAUGGAUUUAAGUCGAAAUCGCAUCUCCGGUCCCAUUCCAAAUCUAAACAACCUAAGAAACCUAAUUCUCCUCGAUUUGAGUUACAAUGUCCUAACCGGCCCCCUCCCUAACACUCUUCAAGACAUAAAAGCUCUUGAAGCUCUCAUCCUCAACGGCAACCCCUCUAUAUCCACCACACUUCCAAAAGACAUGUUUCUAGGGUUAAACAACUUAAUUAUAUUAGGGUUAUCAAAUACAAACUUGGGAGGCCCAAUCCCAGAAUCUAUAGGACAAUUAGCAAUGCUAAGAGUGCUGCAUCUUGAUGGGAACCAAUUAAAUGGAACCAUACCGCCAACAUUUGCCAACUUGAACAGCCUUAGUGAACUAAGGCUAGACAACAACAAAUUGGUGGGGCCAAUUCCAUUCAAGAGAGAGAGGGUUUGGAAAAUGGGAAGAAAAUUGAGGAUUCACAACAAUUUGGGGCUAUGCUAUGAUGAGAAAAGUGGGCUUGGAGAUGAUUUGGACACUUUGGCUAGUGCAGGAAUUGGACUUUGUGAUGUACCUAAACCUGUACCAGUUCAACAUAUCUCUACACUAGAUGAUGGGAAUAUGAUCAAAUCCACCACAAAAUCAAGUGCUUCUCCACACAACAAGAUUGUUUUUCUUAGGCUGACGGCCACGUUCAUUUUUGUAUCUUGUUUAUUGUGAGGAAAAUUAUAUAUUUGAGGUUUGUCACUUUUGUAUCA